CAGCAAACUAAAACGAAGUAUAAUCAAGGCUAAUUAUCGAGGUCUGUGAUUGCUUUAAUGAUAUAAACUGAUACCGUGUCAUAGUACCACAACCCAAUAAGAUAGGUCUUACUUCUGUGACUCUUUGUCUCCUAUGAAACCAGGUGCGUUAUAAAAACACAUUCACCAAUUCCAUCUGCUAGACACGCAGCCAUCGCACAAACAAACUGGACCCCAUUUGAUCUCCUCUAUCCAAUCUUUUGCACCCUAAACUGAACUCAUAUUGGCGACCUGCAUACAGAACAGUCCAGUCUCUCCAAAUCCAUACCAACUAUCCACUAGAUCCAACUACUACAACCACUUCUAGCAUCUAGUCUCACCAACUCCCCACUCUCCUGUAACCCACAAUGACAGAAACGACGCCUCCAGACCACCUCGCCAUGUUUUUCGACAACGAGUACGAUCCUGAAGCGUACGUCGACACCCUUUUUCAGAUGUCCACCACUACUCGUCCCACCCUCCACCAUCAAAACAGAGGCCUUGGGGACCUAUCCAACCAGAUCUCGGGCCUCAUCACCCACUUGGACUUCUACACCAACGAAUUGAGCCGCAAUUUGAGAGAAAAGCUCGACACCUUGAAAACCAACACCAACAACCUUGUAGGUGAGCAUGAAGUGUCCACCAACAGCACCACCAGAUUACAGUACUAUGUCAACGUGUUGAACAACGCCAUACUAUCGCUCCAGACCGAGCUUUCACUGGUGGUGUCGGAAAUGAACUCGGAGGCGAAAGAUGACGACUCGUCAGUGGAAAACUUGAGACUGUUGAAGCUAGUCAAGGCCAAUUUGACCCAGGUGCUAUCCAUCUUUGAAUUUGUCAAUAACACAGUUUUGGCCUCCACAAAUGGCACUCCCAACGACUCGCUCACCGUAGAGCAGUUCGAAGGUUUGUUGAACGAAUUUCAUGCAUCUACAAAGAAAUUGGCAGACUUGCCAAACCCUAAACCGAUUUUGGAUCUGAUUGACAAGUUGAUAGAGAUAGGCAACUUGUUUAACAACUUGAACAAAUUCAGGCCGCUGUACAAACAAUUCUUGACUAGGAUAACGGCAGAAAGAGAGGCAUAUAAGGAAGGCAAAUGA